AUCCACCAUCCACAUCCGACCCUAAACCUUCCAAUAUUGCAUGGCACUAGGAUCUUAGGCUACCAUUUCUCAAAGUUCCAAGGCUUCUAUGCACAUUUCUCAACCGGUCAUCAUCUUUUAUUUCUGGUUGCUAACAUAAAAUAAUUAAGAUCAAUGGCUUCUGAGAAGCAGGAAGUUAGCAAGGGAUUGGAGUGGAGGAUAAAGGUGGCAGAUGGCUCAUCAGAGAUUUUGGUUCCGGAGGCAAAGCCUGCCAGCAGAAUCUUGCUUGUUCUAAAGGCUCUUACUGUUGGGUUGGCUUCAAAAGUGUGGAAGUUCUUGCACAAAGCGUGGGAUGUAGGGGUAGAUGACCCCAGAAAAGUUAUCCAUUGUCUCAAAGUAGGGAUGGCACUCACUAUUGUCUCACUCUUUUACUACAUGAGGCCUCUGUACGAUGGUGUUGGAGGGACUGCUAUGUGGGCAAUCAUGACAGUUGUGGUUGUUUUUGAAAACACUGUCGGUGCAACAAUGUAUAAGAGUUUGAACAGAUUGUCCGGAACUUUUCUUGCUGGAUUUCUUGCACUUGGCGUUCAAUGGGUUGCUAGUCAAUCGGGAAACAGAUUUGAACCUAUAAUUAUUGGAGCCUCAGUUUUCAUCUUAGCUUCUGCGGCGACCUUCUCAAGAUUCAUUCCUACGGUGAAAGCCCGGUUUGACUAUGGUGCUUUGAUAUUUAUCCUUACAUUUAGCUUGGUUGCAGUAUCGGGUUUUCGGGUGGAUGAAGUGUUUGCUCUGGCCCAUCGAAGAAUGUCCACUAUUAUCAUUGGCACUACAUUGUGCAUUAUCGUAAGCAUGCUUGUUUGCCCCAUUUGGGCUGGUCAAGAACUCUAUACUCUAAUCUUUCGUAACAUGGACAAGCUUGCCGAUUCCCUACAGGGAUGUGUAGCUGAAUACUUCAAAGAUGGUGACGACGCUGAUGACAGUACUGAUAAAGAAUGUCAAAAGAAACUGCGAGGAUACAAAUGCGUUCUGAGUUCUAAGGCAACAGAAGACUCUAUGGCCAAUUUUGCAAGAUGGGAGCCAGCUCAUGGCCGUUUCAACUUUCGGCACCCAUGGAAACAAUACAUCAAAAUAGGGGCAUCAAUGCGCAGCUGUGCUUAUUGCAUAGAGGCUCUCAAUGGUUGCAUCAAUUCAGAAAAUCAGGCAUCUGAAUUAAUAAAGAAGCAUAUCAGCGACAUUUGCUUGAAAGUAAGCUCCAACUCUUCAGGUGUGAUAAGAGAGCUAGCUACGACUAUCAAGACAAUGAAGAAAUCAUCAAACAUCCAUUUCCUGGUUGGAGGCAUGAACAACGCAGUACAAGAGCUCCAAGUUAACUUGAAAGCCCUACCUAAGUUAGAAACUGCUGAAAAUAAGCCAACAGAGGAUCAGCCAGCUGCCCCAAAGACAGUGGCUGCAAUGCCUCUCAUGGAUAUUAUUCCACUAGUAACUUUAACUUCUUUGUUGAUUGAAAUUGUCACACGGAUCAAUGGCAUUGUCGAUGCUGUUGAAGAACUAGCAGACUUGGCUCAAUUCAAGCCUGCAAGCAAUGACAAGUGCGAAAAAGAUGAUCAGCUGAAGAACAAUUUUUUACCAGAUCAGCAGAAAGAUAAGGAUUCCAUGAAGGUCUUUCAACGGGUCUGAGUUCUACAGAAAUAAUUGUACGAAAUAAAGGAAGGGAGGAUGAACUUCAUAAGCAUUGAUCUUACCAAAAAAGGGUCUAAAUUUCUUAUAUUUUUCUUGACUCAGUAUAGCUGAUAAUCAUAGGAAAAGAAAUGCUGUAAAAUUGUAGAGAAUGAGUGUGAAAGUAAACAGGAGUAAAGGACUGCAAUGAAAAAUCAUUAUAGGGAAAUGCUAAAGAUCCUCCCCUCAUCUCCCUUAUCACCCUCUUUUCUUUAAAAAAUUAAUUUUUAUUAUAAAAAGGUGAUAAGGGGAUGAGGGGAUGUGUAGAAGCUCUCUUAAAAUCAUAGCACAGAACACAGUUGCUCGAUAUUCUAAUAUUCGUGAGUUUGAAAGUGCUUAGUUUUAUAUAAUUAAAUCACAUAACCCUGCUGUGCACCACCACCAGCAACUGGCAGUGGCACUGCAUGCUUUCCACUGUGCAUAGCAUUUAUUUAGUA